AUGCGAAACUAUGAUGGAGAUAUUGUGGUCAUUCUGAUCGGACCGCACAAAGGGUUCAGUGACACUGGAGCGUCUCGCCUCUUCUCCAUGAAACUGGCUCUCGAGGACUAUUCUGAUGAAGAAAUCCAUCGCCUGUUGGUUCGUAUACUGAAAAAGGCUAAGUUGCACGUUGAAGGGGGUUGGCAUGGACCGUGCCUGAAAAUCCUGACUCGUAACGCCUUCAAUAAUAUCCUUGCUUUGCACACUGUUCUGGAAUUGGUGAUGAAUCGUCAAGCUUUGCGACUCCGCCAGUCAUUAGGAGACACGGCAGCCAAGCGCACGAAGGAACCCAACUAUAAUUAUCUGACAAAAUUCGAUCUUCUCGGACCAGAACCAGUGACCAAACUCAGAGAAAGCGAGGCCUGGAAGCAACUGCAAGACAUGAUCGGGUUCCAGGAGGUCAAAGAGAUGGUCGAUGAACUGGUGCAUCAAGCAAACACCAAUCAUCACCGUGAGCUUCAAGGCCUACCUCCACUUAAUAUACCCUUGAACAAGGUGUUCUUAGGCCCUCCAGGCACUGGCAAAACCACAGUCGCCAAGCUAUAUGGGCAGAUUAUUGCCGAAAUCGGUCUCCUCUCUGGUGAUGAGGUUGUGGUGAAAGAUCCAUCUGAUUUCAUUGGGCAAUAUAUCGGCAACUCGGAAGCAAACACCAAGGAAAUACUCCGUGCUACUGAGGGCAAGGUUCUCAUCAUUGAUGAUGCGCAUAUGCUUUAUCAGGGAACUGGGCAUGGGGCUAAUUGCUCGGAUUCGUUCCGGCUCGCUGUUGUGGAUACGCUAGUCACAAAUACUUCGAAUGAACCCGGCGAUGACCGUUGUAUUAUCCUCAUUGGUUAUCCGGACCUGAUGAAGGAGUUCUUCAACAACAGUAACCCGGGGUUACGACGUCGAUUCCCAUUAGAAGAGGCUUUUCACUUUCAAGACUACUCAGUCGAUCAGCUUGCUAUGAUUCUUGACCUGAAAAUGUCGCAUGAUGAAUUAGAGGCUACCGAUCAGGCCAGAGAAGUUGCCUUAGAACUUCUUGCGCGGGCUCGAGACCGGCCCAACUUCGGAGGUGGAGGUGAUGUCGAAAAUCUGCUUGGAAAAGCAGAAAUGGCCUUUUAUAAGAGAGUGAGGGGUGUUAAGAACCGAAAAGGAAAGAAGAUCGAGGCCUCCGAUUUUGACCCAGAGCAUGAUAGGGCCUUAAAGGGUAGCAAGGCAUGUGAUUCACUCCUCUCAUCAAUGAUCGGCAUGGACAGUAUAAUCUCCCUUUUCAGAAGCUAUCAAAAGGUAUCGUCCGGGAUGCGAUUGCAGGGGAUUGAUCCGCGUCCAUAUAUUCCAUUCGCAUUUGUCUUCAAGGGGCCACCAGGGACCGGGAAAUCUACUACAGCUCGCAUUCUUGGUGAUAUAUUCUACGAGAUGGGAUUCCUCUCCACCUCCGAAGUCAUUGAUUGCUCUGCGACAGAUUUGAUUGGCGAGUAUGUAGGGCAAACAGGACCCAAGGUGAUCAAUCUUCUGGAGCGGGCUUUGGGAAAGUCCACUGGCAACUGCUCGAGCUUUGCUAACGAAGCUGUUGGAGAGUUGGUCGACUGUAUGACAAAGCCACGCUACUCUCGCAAGCUCGUGAUUGUCCUAGCUGGCUACUCGGAUGAUAUGGAUAGGCUACUUCAUAUGAAUACGGGUUUACGGUCUCGGUUUCCGACCGACAUUGUCUUUCCCUCGAUGAGCCCAGCUCACUGCCUUGAAUACCUUGAAGUGCAGCUAGGGAAGCUCCAGAUAAGAGUGGAUCGAAGCCGUACCAUUAGUGAAUGGGAAGAUUCAACUGUUCGGGACCUGUUCGCCCAGUUGCAAAAGACAAGGUCUUGGGCAAAUGCCCGGGGUGUUGAAACACUCGCCCGCAAUAUCGUUUUCGAGGUGUACAAGAGUCAACAGGGCACCAGUGACUCCGAUCUCAGCGUUUCUAUGGACGAUAUUAUGAACUGUCUAGAUGACAUGCUAGACCAGCGCGACCAGUCUUCUGAAUGA